AUGCUUAACUUGGCCAAACUUCUCUCUCACCGAGGCCACAGAGUCACCUUUGUCAACACACACCACAACCACAGUCGCCUCCUCCAAUUCUCAGACUUUUCAUUGUUUCAUGCUCAAUUCCCCGCCUUUCACUUUGCAUCCAUCACGGACGGCGUGCCCCAACACCUUCCUGCGAACGAGUUCGAGCUCAUAAUAUCUCCGACCAGCAGGUCCAAGGUUGCCCAAGAAUUCCGAGAACUGUUCUCGAUCCUUGUCGAGAAAAACUGUCGGUGGGACCCACCUUCUUGCGUAGUAUCCGAUGGGUUGAUGUCGACGAUUGCCAUGGAUGCUGCUCGAGAGUUCGGGGUUCCGGUCAUCGCUUUCCGAACCUACAGUGCCACUGCCACGUGGGUUUCAAUCCACGUCAGCAAAAUUAUUCAAGAGGGUGUUGUGGAUCUGCAGGAUCAAGGUGCUUCUUCCGGUGUUGCAACUCCUGCGCAGUUGUAUCCCCCUUCUGAGAACACCGAACUUGCUACCAUUGAGAAUUUUGUUGCAGCGGUGAAGUUGUUCACUGAGUACACCGAUCCUAUCCGUCUCGAGGAGGUGUGUGAACUGGGUUGUGGGGCCAGGUGCUUCGACAUCAUUGGAGGCUACUCUGCGGGUCAGUUUUACGCUUUCUUACGGUAUCUAAAGUCCGUGCUCGGGCAGGAAGCGUUGGGUAAGCUCAAUUUGUGCGCCAAACUCUGUAAGCGGGGCGCAUGGCGUUUUACGGCGCCUGAGAUUGCCCUUGCAGAGUUAGCCAGAGCUCGACAUGAACUGGACGAGCAACUUCUUGCCCUUGAGCAGGAAUUUCGACCCGCAGGUAUCUUUCCAGAGUUGGUCCCUGCCGACUUUAACCGGGCCUAUUGGGAGGCGUAUGUUACUGAUUCCGCCGCUCAGGGGCGUGUCGCGCUUAAACUAACUGAGUCGGAUCUCAUCGUUGGUCAACAAUCUUUUGGUACUGAAGUUCGCCAACGAAUGAUCCUUGAUUUCCUUGACCACACGCGGAGCUCAACUAAGCAGUUUUUAUCUUGA